AUGAACACGCGCGCAAGAACCGCUGGUCUUAUAAAAGAAUUUUUCUCUUCCACUAAUUAUGCUGUCGUAGGUGCUUCGACAGAUUCCUCAAAAUAUGGUAAUAAGUUGGGGAUUAGUCGUAUAUGGCUUCAACCAGGAGCUGAAAACAUUGAAUGUCUAGAAUAUGCUAAUAAAGUUGGAUUACAAAUAAUUAGUGGUGGCCCUUGUGUUUUGGUUAAUGGGAUUAAACUUUAG